AUGUGUAUAAAUAUUGCCCCUCUGCACUCAAUAGAUAUGAGAAUAUAACUGUAUUACACCGGCUCUGGCUCUUACAAAAUCUGCUAAAGGUAACUGUUUGAAAACCAAGGUUCAUUAUGGUAGUGCUGAAAAGUUGUCUGCUUCUUUUCCUUAUCUUCUCCGUGGGGAAUGCAGAAGUGACUUUUACAAGAGAUGUUAAUGGACUGGAUGAACUGAAUGGAUGGAAUGGACUGGAUGAACUGGAUGGACUGAAUGGACUGGAUGGACUGAAUAGACUGGAUGCUGAUUUAGCCAGUGAAUGCCCCGCUACAUGGACCAAAUUUAAACGCCGAUGCUACAAGUUCUUUUCUCAUCCAGCUAAAUGGAUCAAAGCAGAGAAAAACUGUCAAAGUCUUGGAGGGAACCUCGCAUCUAUCCGUAAAAAACGGGAAAAUGAUUUCCUGCUGGGUCUGGUGCCUCCUUCCACUGCGACUUGGAUUGGUGCUCAUGACUCUUUAGAUAAACAUUGGAUGUGGAGUGAUGGAACUGUGUUUUUGUAUACCCACUGGUGCGCUGGAGAACCUAACUCAAAUCCACAUGGUUAUGAGAACUGUUUGGAGAUCAACUAUUCCCCUAAACGUUGCUGGAACGACAGGGGCUGUUUUCACACAAGGCCCUACAUUUGUGCAAUGCAACUGCGAGACCCUCAUGCUACUGCAGUUACUUCGAUUUAACCACAUUUACUAAAUUUUUCCGACAUUAUAUUGUCAAAAAUGUUAUUCUGAAAUCAAAUCUCUUCUAAACUUUAAUCUCUUUUCAGUAUCUUCUCUGCAACACUCCUCAAAUUAAUAAAAGCAUUGAAAAAGCAAAUUGUGCAUUG